UGUGUUCCUACGCCUUGCUUUGGCUUUGUUUACAAACUGUAGGCAAGGUACUAAUAGCUAGCUCAAGCAGAACGCAUCACCAAAUAAUAUAUAUAUUUUAAAUAUACUGGUAGCCUUUUAUCUGUGGUGUGACUGUUAGCUAUCAAGCUACUAUGCCGGCAAAAAGCACAUUGUGACAGGAUGCUAUAGUGUACAUUUAACGUUGCACUAUUUUCUGAAGAAUGAAGAUAUCCGACAGCAAUGUCUCAUUUUAAUUUUGGGAGGACAGGCUGCACGAAAAUGACGAUUAUGUUACGGGUGUGCAGUGCACAUUUCGAGCGAAGUUGCUUUAUCAAUUGUGGAGAACAUUCGAUUGGUCUUGCCAGGAAGCUAAUCCUAAAGACGGAUGCAAUACCAUCAUUGACAUUGGAACAGUGGAUCUUGCAAGCGCUGACCAUAAUCUUCCCAGGCUGCUUCCCCAGCAGGAAUGCUGUGAAACGUGAAGACAGACCAAAAAUACUAUCUACACCCACCUUAACAAUGUGUUUGAGCUACUGUCCAAAGCUGUGGUGGAGAGCAAGCAGAAGGUGAAUGUCCCUAAACUGAGCAAGGAAAAGGAAGACGAGGGAAAAGAGGAGAGCGAGAAACCCAAGAGAGAGGAAGAGAGAAGUACAGAGAAAUCAAGGGUGCGCCCGUCGCCACAGUCAACCGACAGGAGAGAUGUGAAGUCUGUGGAGGAGAUGAAGGGAGACCAGGAGUUCAGCAGUGCUCUGACUCAGUACAACAGCUCAGCCAACUCAGGGGGAGAGGACAUCGAGCUGCUCGCCUUCCAGACUGUCACCGGGAAGUGCAGUGAAACRAUCUUCGAGGAUAUGAGGGAACCUCCCAAGAAGCCCCUCCACCUGAAGGGUCAAAUGAAGUACGUCCCCCAGUGGGACUCGCUCAUCUUCCUCAGUACMCCCAUUAUAGAGACAGUGGAGGACAUGAUUAAAAUGGGCGUCUAUGUGAAUGAUCUGAACCUCCAUGACUCCAGCCGAGAGCUCAUCUUAGCCGGAACACAGCAGUCGGCUGAACUUCAGCUGGCUCUUGACCAGGAGCAGCAGAAGUACGCCCAGCUCCAGGAGAUCAUCAAGAAGCUUGACGAGGAGAAGAAGAGAGGAGACUCCCUCCUCUACGCCAUGAUCCCCAAAGCUGUGGCUGACCGGCUCAGGAAGGGUAUCACGGCCCUGGAGACAUGCCAGGUGUUCCCGGACGUGACCAUCCUAUUCAGCGACGUGGUGAAGUUCAACGAGAUCUGCAUCCACAUCACGCCCAUGCAGGUGGUGGACAUGCUCAACGAGAUUUACAUCGUCUUUGACACGCUCAGCGAGAAGCACAACGUCUACAAGGUGGAGACCAUCCGAGAUGCCUACAUGGUGGUGGCAGGCGUGCCCAAUAAGACAACCUUCCAUGCCCACCACAUAUGUGACAUGGCCCUGGACAUGCUGAGCUCCAUCGACCACCUCAAAGACCCCUCCACUGGAGACAACAUCCAGAUCAGAGUCGGGAUCCACUCAGGGAUGGUGGUGGCUGGGGUGGUGGGGCUGAAGAUGCCUCGCUACUGUCUGUUUGGAGACACCGUCAACACUGCCUCCCGCAUGGAGAGCAAUGGGGUGGGCAUGCAGAUCCACAUCAGCCAGACCACCAAGGACCACUUGGAACAUGAGCCCUACAUAAUUGAGGAGAGAGGAAAGAUCUUUGUGAAGGGUAAAGGCUACAUGAAGACAUAUUGGCUGAAGGGGAAGAAGGACCUGUCGUUUAAGACUCCAGCAGAGCUCCGCUACAGCAGUGAACAGAAGGACUCYGAGGACAGGAGCUCCAAUGGGUCCACCUGCACCAACACCAAGCGCUCCACCUCCAACCUGAACAUUCCCAACGAGGAGCAGGCAGAGGGCAAGCCCACCCCCACAGAGCUGCCUGCAGAGCCCUUACCUUCACUAGAGGGCGCCCCCGAGGACUCCACAGACCCCACCGAGCCCCAGGAGAAGAAAGUCAAAAAGAACACUAAGAACAACAACAAAGGGGGCGCGGCCAAGCCCGAAGCUCCUCCCCAGCAGGUCAAUGUGGUGCAGGAGAGUGCAGUGCCUCCUGCUGCUGCCCAGGAGACCCCCACGGCCCCCCCGGCCACCGCCGCCCCAGUGCUCAACAACAAGAGGAACAGCUUCAGGCAGCACACCAAGCUGCCCGCCCACCUUCCCAUGCGCAGCACUUCCUGUUGCCUACUGUGAGAGGAGAGGCUAAAAUAAUGUGACUGGCCUGCAUCUUAUUGACAGUCCUGUGAAGGGAAACCCUGAAACUGACCCUAACCUUGAACCUUAACCAAUUAGAAAAUUCAACAUGGUUUCGCUGGUCAGUCACGUCCCUUUCGUUUUUCCCUACUGUGAGAUGUACCAGGCCAGAGUUCAAGACCUCUCAUCUCAGAUUAUUGGCCAUCCUUCAUGUUCAAUAUAUUGUAUGACGCCCUGUUGUUUAUCCUAUGUUUUUCCUUAGGCAGGACCUGAGGGUCCCCACAGCAACAUUCAGGGCAGCCCACACCUAAUGUAAUGUAUUCAUCCAUUUAUUCAAGGUGGAGUUACAGAGGUAGACAGGACGGACCACCCCACUUAAGUAUUAAUAGAGGAAACAUUGAUGCCCCUAAAAUUAAACAAAUGUGACAUUGCUGAAAAGGGAAAAAAUUAUUAUCUUCCAACAAAUAUAUACCGAUACUCAUGUCUUGAUGACGUGUUAAACAGUGGGCCUCUUUUGGUAAUACAAGCACCUGGCUAAUGUCACAGAUUUGUGCAUGUUGUUGAAAGGACAGGUCAAUAAAUGUACAGUUCAUGUACUAUUUAUUAAGUUAUUACUGUCGGUGAAAAACACCUUUUUCGAAUUACAGGAUCACAAUGGAUUGGUAUACAGAGUAAGAUGAGAUGUCAAGAGAUUGUUGUAUUUUAUUUGCAUAAACUAGUUCUGAGAAGUCUGACCCAAGUUACAGUUCUGAUACUGUGUUUGAUGAUGGAAUAAUAUUGACUUUAAUAAUAAUUUAUAUAAUAGCGCUUUUCCUUUUGCUGUAAGUGCUUUACCUUUCUGUUUUGUAUUUGUAAUUUGUUGCACGUUAACUGAAUGUUAGCAUAUCUUUGUCCAUAAAAACUGUACAG